GUCGACGUAGCUAGCAUGGCUUCGGUCGCGCGCGAUGACCGAUCGGAGGACGCGGACCUGCUCAUGGACGAUUUUCUAUUCCACGAGACGGACACCUUCGCGUUUCCGCUGUUGGACUUUGACCCAGAUAGCGUGCUGCCGACGUCCGCCGAGCUGGUUAUGAACCAGACGCACCUGCAGCAGACUCAGCCGAUAGUUCCAGUAUCGGAUAGCGUUUUGGGCCAGAACAGCAACAGCAAUCGAAACAACAGCCAGCAGCCGACCAGUCCAAUGAGCACUGACGGUGGCAGCACAGACACUGAGAUGUCCAUACCGCCGCCAGCUUCCGUCGAACAACAGAAACAACACCCUGAAAUGGACGCUGCCUCGUCACCUGCUGCGAGAAUAUCGACGCUGCUGGGAUUUUCGACGGCGGCCCACUCGCCACUUCCCAGCGAACAAAAGCUGUUAGCGCCCAGGACUAGCAGCACUAAAAGCAGUGUCAACGCGACGACGCAUUCAGCCGAACCCUCGCUACCCACUACGCUGUUGCCACUGCCAACUUCUACAACGUUCCCGGGCGGACUACCUUACGCCAUGCCAGUGGCCUACUUCCAGCCAACACUCAAUACCAACCUGAAGCGGCCGUUCCCACAGGUGCUGCCAGUCCCAACAACGCCCAGUACUUCCUCAGGUCCUGUUACUCAUGCUAGUCCUGCAGCCGACUUCGACCCCAACGCCAAGAAAUCAAAACGCGAGAUCCGCCAGAUGAAAAAUCGCGAGAGCGCUAACAAGAGCCGCCUGAGACGCAAAGCACAGCUGACGACACUGGCAACAGAGGUUACGGAGCUCAAGAAAAAAGAGCAGGAGUUGCAGACCAUCAUAGUUGGUCUACGCGCUGAGAACAAGUCGCUGCUGGACCAGAACACGUUUCUGCGCUCGCUGGUGACGAGCUUUAUGCAGGAGCCCACAUCAUCCUCAAGCAGCCACCAGAUGACUGCAGCAUUCGCGUCGUUGCCUCCACCAGUGGAGCAGAGCUGCGUAGCUCUCAAUAUGAUGGAAAGCGGCCAGAAGAUGGAGGUGGAUGGCGAUCUACAGACUGAAGACACGGACCUGACUAUGACGCGACCGGGCAAGCGGCGUGCUGUGACGUCCACCCUGUCAACGGCUAGUCUGGCUGUGUGUGCGUCCGUGUUCGGGAUCACAAUUUUCGCCGACUUCGAUGGAGAUGUUGACUCGGGUAACGUUCGUAGCGUCGGCCGCGUGCUGCACGAGGCACCUACGGCGUGUGGCAUCGAAGGAUGCUCGUCCGACAUGUCGAAGUCUUGUAUCAGCUUUAUGGUGACUGCUGUGAAAUCGUGGUGGCAGUUCGUGUCGUCGUCAGAGCUGGCGUUCGGCGUGCUGUUGAACGUGCUAUCCUUUAUUGCUAUCGUGGCGCUGUAUCAGGUGUGGCAGUCUGAGGGAGAAUGGUGGUGGACAUGCCGGACCAUAUCGAAACCUGAUGGUCGACGCCAGGACUUACCUCCAGGCUCCGCUACGAAGAAGGGUGCGAAGAAACGGAACGCUGGUGCUCGGCUACGCGAGAAACCACGUUGUCACAAUUAG